CGACAGCAAAGCAUUUAGCAAGAAGAUCAUGAAAGUGCUCCGUGACAUCCAUGCAUUGUCCUUUUGUUUAAUCUCUCCUGUCAGCGUGACACCGACAGAACCGUACAUCCAUCGGCUGCCAGUGGAACUUCUACAACAAAUAUUCUUGUUCAUCGUUAACAGUGCGCCAGACUAUCCGAGUAUAUUUUCACGCAGAUUUUUCACUAUUUCGGCCAACGUUGCCAGCUCUCCCCUAGUCUUGACCAGGGUGUGCCACCGUUGGCGAGUUGUUGCGCAUUCAACAGAAGGAGUCUGGUCGCGCAUCCAGGUCGUGCUCCCUGGGGAAGUUAGAUCAUUCGGACCAUUUCUUCCACAUCUUCUCCAGUGUUGGCUUGCUCGCUCUGGUAGUUUGCCCCUCACCCUUCACAUUGUUAACCGUUCCCCAAUUCCCGACUGGAUAAUAACAGCGGCAAACUCUCGAAUCCUCGAUAUCCUCCUUUCCGAGAGCAGGCGUUGGGAAACGGUCGUUAUGCCACCCACAUGUGACUGGGAUGUUAACUUCGACACACCUCAGUUGAGAGCCUUGGAAUGUGGUCCUGCUGAUCUCAAAAAAUUCUAUGCACCAAAUAUUUCUCGCCUAUACAUCAAUACUCA